AGCAAAGCAGACACACCACUGACAUGUUCCUCGACCUUUCACGUUCAAAGUAUUGUAUAUGUGUUAAUAUUAUUUUGUCGGGCUAAUAAGAAAAUGUUUUGCACGAGUUAUAAUCUAGCUCGCGAUAUGUGUACACUCAUCAAGUUUUGCUGUUAGAAACAAAAACGAUGGGACGCAUGCGAAGAGACCUACAGCUCAGGUGCACAACGGAAACUCACUUGUAGGCUACAGAGUCAGUGGUAAGAAGUCCCAGUGAAGGCCUACGGUAGCUGCUCCACGUAUUCUAGCAGCUGUUUCCUUUAAAACAUUCAAUGGAAGUGAGCUGGACCUAAGUGACAGACCGGUAAACGGGUGAAUCAAGAUUCAAGGAGGGAUUUCAUCACUGACCCUACAGUCACAAAAUUGACCUCCAAACAGCUGGUGCUAGGACCUUUCUGACCACCCUCUCCCCAGAAGAAGAGAUAUUUGGUGAGAGGAAGAAUUGGCUUGGUUGGAUUGGCUUUUCUUCACACCUAUUACAAGAGCAAUUGAUUGAAGUCCCACUGAGCAAUUAUCAGCAACACAACUAUGUGUGUCCCUGAAGAUGUCCUUUCAUACUGGUUGAUGGCAUCAUGUCUUCUCUCAUCUACAUUGUUCUCGAGCUGCUGAUUGCUGUGUUGGCCAUUGUGGGUAAUGUUCUAGUAUGCUGGGCCGUCUGCCUCAACACUAACCUCCAGAGCAUCACCAACUUCUUUGUGGUGUCGUUGGCAGUGGCGGACAUUGCGGUCGGACUCCUGGCCAUACCUUUCGCGGUCACCAUCAGCACAGGCUUCUGUAGCCACUUUCAUGGAUGUCUCUUCAUCGCUUGCUUCGUACUGGUACUCACCCAGAGCUCCAUCUUCAGUUUACUGGCCAUUGCUGUGGAUCGAUACAUCGCCAUCAAAAUCCCACUGAGGUACAACAGCCUCGUCACAGGCCCAAGAGCCAAAGGCAUCAUUGCGAUAUGUUGGAUACUCUCAGUGGUCAUUGGCUUGACACCCAUGCUGGGCUGGAACCAACAUGUCGCCGCUGGCACCAACAGCUCCUGCCCUCAAGGCAUGACGGAGUGCUUGUUUGAGAAGGUGGUCACCAUGGGUUACAUGGUUUAUUUCAACUUUUUCGGCUGCGUUUUGACACCACUGGUAGCUAUGCUGGCGAUCUACACACGGAUCUUCAUGGCCGCCCGUCACCAGCUGAGACAAAUGGAGAUGAAGUUGGUGUAUGGACACCCCCAUGGUGAAGGAACUUCCUCCCGAUCUACGCUGCAAAGAGAAGUCCAUGCAGCCAAGUCUCUGGCUAUCUUAGUAGGCCUCUUCGCUAUUUGUUGGCUCCCUUUACACAUCAUUAACUGCUUCACACUGUUUUGCCCACAGUGCGAUCGUCCCAAGGACUGGAUCAUGUAUCUGGCCAUUAUUCUUUCACAUGCCAAUUCAGUAGUCAACCCAUUCAUAUACGCCUACCGUAUAUGUGACUUUAGGUUUACCUUCCGAAGAAUCAUCCGACAGCACUUCCUGGGCCAUGACAAUAGACUGACCAGUGGCAAUAGGGGCGUGGCUACUUCUUCUGCUGGGGUCAGUGUGAUUGAGAGUACUUGUAGUACUGUGUCCAAUGGCUAUAUGCUGGACACCAAUCCAAUCCGCAGCAUGAUUUCCUGCAAUGAGUUUGGAAUUACAAAGGAAUUGCCCUCCAAAAUCAGCCAAGUGAGGCCACAGACAGAUUUACAAGAUAUAGGUUACAGUUUGAAUGGACACCCACAUUCCUUUCCUGCUAAUUCAAAGCAGAUUUUCUCAUUACAGACUGAGAAUGAAAUACUCUCUAUUAGGGACCAUGCAAAGUUAUGAGUGUAAAAGACUGUAGUGCUAUUUCUAAUGUACAUGUCAAAUGUAUGUUGCCCACAAGGAUAAGCAGCUCUUCAGAUCUUGCAGAAGUAUCAUGACACAAAUUUCUUUCAUUAUGAAACACAGUUAUCAUUCUGAAAAUACACUAUGGCCAAAAGUAUGUUGACAUCCCCUUUCUAUUUAACAGAUUUGGCUAUUUCAUCUACACACAUUCAUAACAGUUAGAAUGAAGCAUACAGCCUUGUAAUCCCCUUAGACAAACAUUUUCAGUAGAAUCGGCAUGACAAUGGCCCUGUGCGUCAAGUGAGGUCAAUACAAAUUAGAACCCCACUGAACUCCUUUGAGAGGAAUUGGAGCAAUUUCUCCCAAAUCCAUGCAGCCAUGUUUCAACAACUAAUGGAAAGUCUUCACAGAAAAUUGGAUGUUUUUAUAUCAUCAAAAGGAGGACCAAGUCCCUAUUAAUGCUCAUGGUUUUGAAAUUAAAUGUUCAACAAGCACACAUGGGUGUGAUGUUCUGGUGUCCACAUAUUUGGCCAUGUAGUGUACUUAUUAGUGCAAACAGAGGCUUGUUUCAUUCUUUAAAAAGUAGUCAUUGAUCUUCAAAGUAUGUGUCAGUUUUUGUGGUAGAGAGGGUGGCCUCGUUUACAGUACUAUCAGGAUCAGGAAAGGUAAAAUUGUCUGAGGAUCAGAGAUAGAUGAUAUGUGUGCUCAACCAUUACUUUUAAAUGCAAAUUCCAGGAUUUUAAACUUCCCAUAUCUGUUGUUAUUGACUUUAAAGCAGUGGUUCUUAAAGUGUGGGGCAUGUUUAGGUAUUUUUAGGUAAUAGGUAUUGUUGGUGGGGGCUGUUCUGAAAUCUUGUUCACUUUUAACACAUUCAAAUUGCCGCGGUGAAUUUCACAACAUCACAAACUUUGUUUUAAGGCAAAAAAGUUUUGAAAAUUGGACAUAAAGACAAAGGUACAAGGCUGUGUACUUACCAUCUUUCAUGAGGGCACAAGCUACAAUCCCAUGAAGCAUUCUGGAUGAGGUCAUUGAAUAAAAACGAUGGGAAUAUAAAACUACUGAUUUUAGGUUGUUGAUUAUAAGUACAGAAACAAUAUAUUUAACGUUUAUUGCAAAAUAUUCUGAUAUGUACACAUAUAUAAAUAGUUUAAGGAUGAAGGGAGACUGAUCGCUUCAUUCACAGUGCAUCAUGGGAGUGGGCGGUCGCUCCGAGGCACCUUUCGUGGGUUUCAUUGGCCGCGGUUCUCUGAUUGGUGGAUCUUGCUCUGCUGAACCAUGGGUAAUGUAGUUGUUUACAAUGAAUUCCGCUAUCAAACACAAUUUUUAAAUAAUGAAGUUGAAAUAAUGCAGACAGAUGGCUUCAAUGGAAGCAAAUACCAUCAAUGAUCAACCUCGUAGCUCACGGUAUUUCAGUCUUUAAAGGUUUAUAAGUUAUCAUUGAAAAUCAAUUAGUCUAUGGGAAAAAUGAAUGGGAUUUUUACUUCCGAAACUAGACUGUUGUGCUCUACUGGGGAAAGACCAACAUCUCCAAAAUGGUUGGUCAAAAUUACAAUCAAAGAACAUAUUUCAAA